GUACGUGCUGAACUGGAUCGAGCAGUGUUUGUGCCAGUGCAGCUUCGCGAGGAAACCGUGUUUUACUAUCCCGUCGCGGAUAAAAAGAGUUCUCUUCGGUUGGGUUUUGCAACGGGACGCACGAUCGGAACAAAGGAAUCGGAGGACCACGAUAUUGUCGAGUUGAACGCGUUCUCGUGGCGACUCGAAGGCAAGGUUUCACCCAUCGAAAGGAUGAGCAAAAAGUUCACGACCAACGAGGUUGCUGUCACUGGCAGCAGCAAGGAGAACACCUUGAUAAUCCUCCACGACAAGGUAUACAACGUCACCAAUUUCCUGAACGAGCAUCCCGGUGGCGAGGAGAUCCUUCUGGAUCACGCGGGCAAGGAUGGCUCUGACGACUUCGACGACGUCGGCCACUCGAAGGACGCGUUCGAUUUGAUGGGCAAGUACCUAGUUGGCGAGCUCGAGGAGUCCGAGAAGACCAAAAAGACGCCCAAAGUGGGCUGGUCGAGCACCUACACGAAACCAUCAGAGAAAAAGGAAGAGCUGGGGAUGUCGACGACCCUCCUGAUAGGCGCUGUCGUCGGUUUCCUAGGCAUUUUGUAUUACAUGUACUUGUAACCUGUAGCCAGAAGUCGAACGAACUUGCUUCAACUUCCUGCUUCUAUCCGCGUUGAAUGUUUUCAUACUGACGAGCAUAAUCACCGCGAAGGCGAGGGCUCGAGGAGAAGAUCAGCCUGCGUUAUGGAUGUCGACGCCUGUUGUAAUCCGGCCAUGGUCAUCUCCGACUACGUUUGGUGAAUGUUAUGUAUGCUUGUAGAAACGAUUUCUGUGUUCCUUAUUAUCGAUACGUUGUAAAGCCUGAGCCGUAAUUGGGCGUUCAUUGAUCGACGGGGAGCGUUAAAAUAUAUGCACUUUUAUUA